GUGCGAGACUGGACGGAACCCGACACCGUGCGCGCCCAUCGCCGAGUGGUGAGGGAACGCCAGAAGCGUGGAACCCUGGCACGCCCCAGCGGCCGUACAGCGCGCUCAAAGUCGACUCGCCGUUCGCUUGAGGUGGAUUUCUGCAGAGCCACAAAGCUUCCAACUGCCACGACCCCUGCGUCGCCGGAGACAACGGUCGCCGAGGAUCCGCCGUGCUCGCGGGAGAGCAAAGGCGCGGAGCCUUCGACGCCGGUGACACCGCCAGUGGCCGCGGCGGAAAACGUCGCCGCGCCGCCCUCUGAUGGCAAGAGCAAAGGCAAGGGCAAGGGCAAGUCGAAGCCAUUGCCGCCGCCGCCACCGCCGGGCGCUGCGCCGCGGAGCACGCGGAAAGUGGCGAAGCCUUAUGCCAGGCGGCUGGACUGGCGGGCUUUGGCCGCUGAGAAGCUCAAG